ACUCACGACAUUGACCUUUUUGCUCCGCAAACUCCAACUCUCCAACAACACCAAUAACACGACCCCACCACUCAAUCACCACCACACUCUCCAAAUCUACGCGGACUCUUCAGCUCACGGACAUACCGAAAAGAGGAAAAAAAAUGGACAGCAAAUCUUCCACCCCCCGCAUCACCUGCGCCUAUCUCAGCCAGUAUGUCGGCAAGCUCGUGACGGUCGUAGGCAAAGUUGUCCAGCUACGCGGCGAGGAGGCGACUAUUGAUGCUGAUGGGACCAUUCAUGCAUUUUUGAACCGCGAAGCACACCUCUCAGCAAACAACGGCGUCCAACUCAUCGGCAAGGUCAACCCGGAUCUUUCCAUCAAAGUGCUUAGCUCCGUUGAUUUGGGGCAGGGUGUUGACUACAACCUAGCAAACGCUGUCGUGGAAGUCACUCAUCGUUACAAGCCCCUCUUUGUGUACGAGAAUUAAGGUGAGAGGGCGCGAGGAAACCACUACACCCAGAGAAGGAGGAAAAAGAAGAGGCAAAAUAAUACCC